AUGCACUCCACCUCGAACAUUGCCGCCCCCUCCGCCGCCGCCGCCUACAUGGGAUUCGACGAUGUCUCCGGAGAAAACUAUCCCUCGCAUGGCUCUGUGAGCGCCCAGCAAAUCGCAUCUGGGGAAGCCGCGGUGUCGACGGGCCCGUAUCCAGGUCCGGUCCCCGCCUCUUUCGACGCGCCGAGUCCCGCAUCCUCUCAAGGCAACAGGUACUUCGCUUCCGUAUCUCUUCCACCAGCGGCGUUCAACCAGCAGGUGCGUUUGCAAGAUGGAGAGGACCAGUCCGUUGCUCAGUCGCCCUGGAACAACGUCUCACACGCCGUCGCGGUCCUUGAGUCCACCCAGGCGCUCUCUCGCGUGCUGGCUGAGGCUAUUUUGGGCACAACCACAGAGGCUGCCGCUUCGGAGGCCCUUAACAUCGAGGAGUACGACAACAAGAACUUGGGAUUCGCCGCUCUCCACAAUCUGGAGAACAAACUCACGUCGACCUACGUGUUGACACGUAAACCGUUCGAUGGUCCGGUGGGUCCAGAUCUCUGGCUGGAUGAGCGCAACAAUGUUCUUUUUCGCACUCGGCCAGACGAGGAAUUCCCGACCUUCGCGUUCCCACUUCCAACCGACAGACCCAUCUCCUUGGGGCGCCCCGUACGCCGUCGCAAGCGUUCGACGCGCUCUGCGUGUCGCUUGCCAUCCAACGCAUCCUCCCCGUAUGCUCCAAGCCUGGAAUCGGGGACGUCUCACGCUCAACACGCCGUUCCUCCUGCUGUUUCCCCACUUCCGCGAGAGCCUCACUCGACCAACAAGCGCACUCGGACGAGCGACAUAGACCAUGAUGUUGAGGUCGGGCCCUUGCACAAGAGGACCAGGAUGGACAUGGGAGAAGUCGUAGUGCUUCAAGAGGUGGCUACGGCUAUGGAAACGCACGAGGGAGAGACUGAGGCACCACAGGCGGCGGAAGACGAGCGCCAAGGCGCGAUGGUUGUUGCCGUAGGCGGCGAAGGAUCUGUCGCCACUGGCUCAUUCAGCUCUGUACAAGAUCCGGAGGAGUUCGGAGCAGAAGACGUCGCCGGCGUAGACCUGGAAGGGGGCGCGUCGUAUCCAGAGGCUGUAGAAGGAGCCAGCCAGAACCACGAGAACAACAACGACCAGACCCCCGACGAUGUUGUGUCCGUUCCGGCCCCCGCUCCCGUCCCCGCUCCCGCCACCAAUCCUGCACCGCACGUAAAGCGAGCGCGUCGCACGAACGCAGAGAUUGCGACCACUCUCGUUCCCGGGCUCACGGCAUCCAUCUGUGGCUUCACCUGCUGUGGUUUCCAGCACCACCCAACGUCGGGCGACAACAAUCGCGACCACAUAAAGGAGAAGCAUUACGCGAUCGCGUUGCUCUCGAGUGCGAACCAGCUGGUCUGCGGCUGGGGCAACUGCGGGCUGCCCUUUGCGGGGACGAAGAUGAUGGCCCAUAUCGAGCGGGACCAUAUCGGGUAUGGGUACCUGUGCCCGGUCUACGGAGAGGAUUGUCCUAAACAUUGGAGAGGCAGCCGGGCGAAGGACCAGACCACGCACGCGAGGAAGCACCGCUGA